GUCGAUAGAUGAGAAAGAUCCAACUCAAACCACAGCUGAUGUCAUAAACACGAGUACAACAUCUUUUUGUACAACACAGCCAUUUAUUUAAUUAUUCUCUUACUAGUAGAGAGGAAUGCAUGCUCUCUGUUAAUAACACCGAACUAUAUACUGGAAACCGUCAUUAUAUAACAUAUAACACCCUACGGAAAAUGGCUUCCCUUUUAUUCUGCUAAUUCGUGCUCGAAUUAAACACACGGCACAACAAUGCUACAGAGGGCAUCUAAGCUACUGAAAUCCUCUUCCAGCUCGGAAAGUGAAUCGAACCCCCGUUCGAAAAGCGAGGCUGUGACCACUUUCGCGGCCAUUAACACAAACUCUGUCGACCGUUUCACUGUAGACGCUGCUGAGAGGUGUUGUAGUGUCACUGACAGCCAAGUUAACCCAUCUACAGUCAAUAUGACAUCUUUUCCACCACAAACUUAUACGUGUACUACGAAUUGUCUGGGUACAAAGAAUAUGAUGCCUGAUAUAUAUUCAGGGGUUCUCAGUGGAGUGUACAGCCUUGUUCCCAGUAACUGGUUAUGGAAGCCUUUAGACUUUGCUUUACUACAAGACCUAUUCAGCACAGCAAUCAGUAAGAAAACAGAGGAGCAAUUGUCUUCAUGUCUCUUCAAUCAGCUUGUUCGUGAACGAGAAUUUGAUAAGAUAAUUAAUACGUUCUUAGCUAUACUAUUACCUGUUUGUUUUAGCAUAGUUACGGGACAGCGUCUAUUGUUUGCCGGUAUAAGCCUCGUAUGGCUGUCGGCGUUGGGGUAUUAUUCGUAUCGCAAAAAUGAAGAACUCUGUGCGGACAAGGAAAGAGAGAAUCAGCGCGAAAGAAAUCCUCCUCAAGUACGGUGGAUCAUCCGGCAAGGCGAUCAAACCGUACGGGAAUUCAACACAUUGCGGCGGAUACCCAAAUUGGACUCCUCCCCGGUGGAGGUGUCGGUUGCCAAGUGCAACACCACCUGGGACCCUUCGCAGCGAAUGGGUGUGAGAAGGACCUCAAGUACGCGAAUGGGUGUGAGAAGGACCUCAAGUACGCGCCUGAGUGAGAGUACUAUAUCCAGCGACUGCGGGAGUGAAGUCGUCAGCUGCAAGACCAUCGGCUUCAACUCAGAGUCUUGCAGCGCGGCAAACUACCAGCGGUCGUUGAGCUCCGGCAGUCGCAACCGCACUCGCGCCCAGACACUACAAUCCCCUUCUAUGGUCACAUGGCUUAGGAGGAAGUCGCACCGGAGCUCCCCUAACCUGGUCAACGAUGGAGCCACUCACACCUCCACAGGCACGGCCAGCGACUUCGGUGUUGAUCAAACUGGUACCACACCGCGAACGUUGCACGGUGCUAAGAAGCAGGCCAAGAAGGACCGGCGUCAAUCCGCCCCGUCGCAGAGCUCCAGCACUCGUCGCAACAGUACGACUGUGGUGGCGGCCACGAACGCCGUGCGCAAAAUCUUGGCCAAGAGUCUGCGUUCAGUUCAGUCGUCUACCCUCGGCACAGGUAGUACUAAGGACUUGUUUGUAGUUGUUCCAAACGCGGAUGUGAAUGUGAAUACGAAUAUAAAUAUGGCGUCAACACGCUUGAUGGAGGCUCCGAGGGUGUGCAUGGACGUGCCAAACACAAGCGGUUCUGUAGUGCUGGGCACGGGGAAAUCAAAAAGUUCUUCUGGUUCAAACCUGUGUGUAGAUUCAGAACCUUCGUGUCUAAGGUCGAGAGUGUCUCAGAUUGGUACGCUUAGAGAAGUCACGAGUGAACGUGACGAUGCGAUUGUCCAGGGAUCAACACUGGUAUCUGUCUAGUCGCAUUCGGUGGUCACGAUGGUGUUUGUUCACAAAAUCAGAACACUACAAAAAUCAUCAUAGCACAGGGGUUCUAAUAACUUCUUGUUGGAUUGUCCCCCUAAAUAGCUUCUUCUUUUUGCAAUCUGCGCUCGCGUUCUUGCAUACAAAAUUGCUCUAAAUGGGUCCAUAUUGCACAAGUGUCUCGGAGAGCAGGUUUGGUAACACCGACCCGUGAAAAAUAGCAGUCAUUCACUUGCAUAUAGAAUUGCUCUAAAUGGGUCUAUAUUGUCAAGUUCUACUCGGAGAAGAGGUUUGGUAAUACCGGCCCGUGAUAAGACUCAAGAGCAGUCACUCACUUGCAUAUAGAAUUGCUCAAUGAAGUGUGACUCGGAGAGGAGGUUUGGUAAUACCGACCCGUGAAAAGAGUAGUCAUUUACAGGCCCCUGUGUUAAUUGCCCAGAUAUACAUCUGAAACACAGUCAGAAUGGCGGUCUCCUAUAUAAAUCGAAUGUAAGGCCUGUAUAAAUUUGAAAUUCAUAUCCAACGAAAUAAAAAAUCACCAGCGUAGUGUAGUUCAC